AUGCUCGUGUGCGCACGUGCUCGUGUGCUCACGCUCGUGUGUGCACGUGCUCGUGUGCUCAUGCUCGUGUGCGCACGUGCUCGUGUGCUCAUGCUCGUGUGCGCACGUGCUCGUGUGCUCACGCUCGUGUGCUCGUGUGCGCACGUGCUCGUGUGCGCACGCUCGUGUGCACGUGUUCGUGUGCUCACGCUCGUGUGCACGUGCUCGUGUGCUCACGCUCGUGUGCUCACGCUCGUGUGCACGUGCUCGUGUGCUCACGCUUGUGUGCGCACGUGCUCGUGUGCUCACGCUCGUGUGUGCACGUGCUCGUGUGCUCAUGCUCGUGUGCGCACGUGCUCGUGUGCUCACGCUCGUGUGCUCGUGUGCGCACGUGCUCGUGUGCGCAUGUGCUCGUGUGCGCACGUGCUCGUGUGCGCACGUGCUCGUGUGCGCACGUGCUCGUGUGCGCACGUGCUCGUGUGCGCACGUGCUCGAGUGCGCACGUGCUCGUGUGCGCACGUGCUCGAGUGCUCACGCUCGUGUGCUCACGCUCGUGUGCACGUGCUCGUGUGCACACGCACGUGCUCGUGA